AUGCCGGCGCGCAGAGUCCCGGCGUUAUCGGUGCCGGUGCAGGUGUCAGGAGCCGCGUGCGGUGCUGUGGGGGGGCCGGCUCCCCCGGGGACAUCCGUGUGCCGGCCCACUGUGGCGAGGUGUGUGACGCCAGAAGCGCAGCCGAGCCUCAUAUUUGGGCACGAAGCAGGUUAUUGGAGGCCGUGGCCCCGCAGCUGGGAGAUCCCCCGCCUGAUAAAGGCUGCCCUGGUGCUGCCGCCUCCACUGCUCCGGCACUGCCGAUACCUCCGCCGCCUGCACUGGGGGUGCGGGACGGUGGGAUGGGGCCUGUCGGGGCGCUGGGGCUGCUCCUGUGCCUGCGGCUCUGUGGGGGUGAGUGCCGGGGUGGUGGGAGCGGGGACCCACCGGUGCCGGACCCGGCUCAGCAUCCUUCGUGCCGCAGGCUCGGGGCAGCUGCGGCUGGUGGGCGGCGGCGGGCGCUGUGCCGGACGCGUGGAGGUGAAUCACAGCGGUGAGUGGGGCUCUGUCUGCGUCUUCGAGUUCGACUGGGAGGCCCGCUGGGCCACGGUGGUGUGCCGGCAGCUGGGCUGUGGCCGCGUGGCCUCGGCGUCCCCGUACGCCCCGUUCGGGCAGGGCACCGGCCGGAUCUGGCUCCAGCCCUUCUUCUUCUGUCCCUAGUUUGGCUGGGGCCACAGGUGGGAUGUGGGGGUGAUCUGCGCAGAGGCCGUGGAGCUGAGGUUGGUGGCCGGUGGUGGUCCCUGUGCCGGGAGGGUGGAGGUGAAGCUGCGAGGACGCUGGGGCUCAGUGGGAGAUGACAUCUGGGACAUGGAGGACGCCGAGGUGGUGUGCCAGCAGCUGGGCUGUGGCUCGGCGAUCGGCGCCUACGCUGCCCGCGACCGCUUUGGUGCAGGGGCCGGGCCCAUCAACCUGGCCCUGGUGGACUGCAACGGGGAUGAGGCCACGCUCUGGGACUGCGAGAUCCGCGGCUGGGGACCCUACAACGGUACCCAUGACUUUGACACUGCCGUCGUCUGCCAAGGGUUUUCCCGGCUGGUCGGGGGUGAUGGAGCCUGUGCCGGGCAGUUGGAGGUGCGGCAGCGCCAGGCCUGGGUUGGUGUGUGCGCGGAGCACGUGGACAUGAAGGUGGCCCAGGUGGUGUGCCGGGAGCUGGGCUGCGGCGCGGUGCUCGCCAUGCCCGGCAGCGGCCGGUUUGGGGCGGGAACGGGGCCGCUCUGGGAGGGGGGAUUCAACUGCACCGGCACCGAGCCCCUCCUCAGCGCCUGCGCCCGACAGGUGCCCCACAGCCAGAGCUGCGCUGGCCACACCACCAUCAUCUGCUCCCCCUACACGGGCUUCCGGCUGGGGAACAGCAGCUCGGGCUGUGCCGGGCGUGUGGAGGUGGCGGUGAGGGGCACGUGGGGGUCCGUCUGCGCCACCGACUGGGACCUGCCCGAUGCCGACGUCUUGUGCCUCCACCUGGGCUGUGGCCAUGCUGUCACCGUGCUCCCAGGAGGCUCCUUUGGCAGUGGGGACGGGCCGCUGAGGCCGGACGCCUUUGGCUGCAGCGGGAGCGAGCGGCACCCGGGGGAGUGCCCUGUGGCAGUGCUGGGGGAGCCCCCCUGCACCCCGGGGAAUGCCGCCGCUGUCAACUGCUCAGGCAUCAUCAACUCCCUGCAGCUGGUGGAGGGUGAGAGCCGGUGCGACGGGUGGCUGGAGUUGGCUAUAAGCCCCGGAGUCUGGCACCGUGUGCCAGGAGAGCUUCUGUUCGAACGGAAUUUCAGUGUGGUGUGUGGGAAGCUGGGCUGUGGUGGGCUGGACAAAAGCGAUGCUGUUGUUGGUACGGUCCCCGUGUGGACCGUGCACAAUUCGGAGCGGAAUAUUAUGGAAAGGGUGAUCCACACCGUCUGGAAUAUGACCUUCAGCACCCAGGAAGUACUGGGCCGACCAACAUCCCUCAUGGGGCAGCCAUCGUCUGUUCAGGUGGGUGUCCCGAGUAGAGCUGGGGUGCUGGUGCCCCGAGCAGCCCCUCAGCCCAGUCCUUCCAUGCCCGCAGGCAGCCGGCGGGUGAGGCUGGCGGGCAGUGCCGGGCGCUGCGCGGGGCGCGUGGAGGUUUAUGCCAGUGGCAUCUGGAGCACCAUCUGCCAGGAGCGCUGGGGCCUCCAGGCCGCCGCCGUUGUGUGCCGGGAGCUGGGCUGUGGCGCGGCACUGGAGGCGCCCGGCUCGGCGCGUUUCGGCCCCGGCACGGGGACGCUGUGGCCGUACGUCCUUGACUGCGCCGGGACCGAGGAGUCUCUCUGGGAAUGCCCGCGCUCGGAACGGCGCGAGUGCGAGCGCGGGGCCGGGGCAGGGGCCGUCUGCUCAGAGCAGCUCUCCCUGCGGCUGGCGGGCGGCCGCGGGCGCUGCAGCGGGUACCUGGAGCUGCUCCACAACGGCACCUGGGGCCGCGUGUGCGCCAAUGGCACCAGCCCCGGCACCGCCGCCGCCGUGUGCCGGCAGCUGGGCUGUGGGGACGGCGGACAGCUGGCACCCGGGUUAUGA